AUGGCAAAGCUACAAAUGAAACCCUUGUUUUGCAUUUUGUUCAUUGUUAUCAUCUUGCAACAUUCAAGGCCAACAAAAUCUCAAGAAGUGGAGGAUGAAAGUGAAUUUAGUUAUAGUGAAAACAAUGAAAGAGGACCAUCAAGAUGGGGAGAGAUUCAUGAAGAAUGGGGUGCAUGUAGCAAUGGCACAAUGCAAUCCCCUAUUGAUAUGUUCAACCAAAGGGUUCAAAUUGUUUCCCAUUUAGGGAAACUUAAAAGAAGCUACAAACCAGCUAAUGCUACCCUAAGAAAUAGAGGCCAUGAUAUGAUGUUGAGGUUUGAUGGUGAAGCAGGAGCUAUAGAAAUCAAUGGUACUGAGUAUGCACUUCAACAGUGUCACUGGCAUUCUCCUUCUGAGCAUACCAUCAAUGGCAGGAGGUUUGAUUUAGAGGCACACUUGGUUCAUGAAGGUGCAGAUGGUAAGAUUGCUGUAAUAGGGAUUAUGUACAAGAUUGGAAGACCAGAUCCUUUCCUGUUAUCAUUAGAGGAAGAUUUAACAGCCAUUACAGACACAACCGAAGCAGAAAGAGCAGUGGGUGUAAUGAAUCCAAGGGGCAUAAAAUUCGGCAGCAGAAAAUAUUACAGAUACAUCGGCUCUUUAACUGCUCCUCCUUGUACUGAAAACGUUGUUUGGAGCUUUGUCCAAAAGGUGAGGACUGUUACAAGAGAGCAAGUGAGGUUGCUUCGUGUGGCCGUUCAUGACGAUUCGGAUACUAAUGCAAGACCAUUGCAACCAAUAAACGAACGAUGGAUUCAACUGUUUAAACCAGAUGAUAAAGAGAAUUAAUAGAGAGAGAUAUUCAUAGUAUUAUUUUGAUUCUGUUUUAGGAAUUAUUUAAUAUUUUUAUAAAUUU